UGACUCUGAGAGAGACCUCUACACAAGACCUGCCUCCUCUUAAUAAACCUGUGAAACGGGCAGAUACUCGGCAGUCCCAGCUCAACCUCUGCAUCCCGCAAGCUCACUCUCUCUCCCUCUCCGCAGACUGCAACUGCGUCCGGUGAUUUCCCCUGAUGCUCUAAACUUCCACUGACUGAUCAAACUGUGAUAAGAUCUGAUCUGAGCCCACAACCACUUGGCUUAUCAGAAAACCUGUGCAAGUUUCUGUCUCCUGGAUUUAGCCAUGCUGAGAGGUGGAUUGUGGGAUACGGUGAUUGCCUUGGUCCUAUGGGCCGUCUGGCUGCCCUCCUGUCUUGGCCAGACCCCCUCACCCUCUCAGGAUGGAAAAAUUAAGUUUCGUCUGGCUGGAUACCCCCGCAAACACAACGAAGGGAGAGUGGAAGUGUUUUACAAUGGAGAGUGGGGAACUAUCUGCGAUGAUGACUUCACCUUGGCCAACGCUCAUGUUCUAUGUCGCCAUCUAGGGUUCGUGGAGGCACUAAGCUGGUCGCACAGCGCCAAGUAUGGAGUGGGCAAUGGUAAAAUCUGGCUGGAUAAUGUCAUAUGUGGAGGAUCGGAAAACAGCAUCGAGAAAUGUGUAUCUCGUGGAUGGGGGAACAGUGACUGCACUCACCAGGAGGACGCAGGGGUGGUCUGUAAAGAUGAGAGACUUCCAGGCUUUGCAGAUUCCAACAUCAUUGAGAUGCAGGUGGAUGAAAACCGUAUGGAGAAGAUUCGUCUGCGUCCGCUCUCAGGUGCCCAUGCCGGCCGUAUGCCUGUGACGGAGGGAGUGAUAGAGGUGAAGUUUAAAGAAGGAUGGGGUCACAUCUGCAACACUGGCUGGACCACCAAGAACUCUCGUGUGGUGUGUGGCAUGAUGGGAUUCCCUUCUCAGAAAACUACGGCCAAGAAGUCAAGCAGUCACCAGAAUGUGUAUAGGAUUCACUCAGUGGCCUGCACAGGAAAUGAGGCUCAUCUUUCAGCAUGCACUAUGGAGUUCAGUAAAGCAAACUCUACCGCCCCCUGUCCAAAUGGAGGAGCGGCUGUAGUCAACUGUGUGCCCGGGCCACUGUUCACACAGGGCAGAGCACGUAGAGUCAAGCUCAAUCCAAUGUCUCAGGUGCGUCUGAAGGGGGGUGCAAAGGCAGGUGAAGGCCGUGUGGAGGUCCUGAAGGGGAGUGAGUGGGGUACAGUGUGUGACGACCACUGGAAUCUGCAGUCCGCCAGUGUGGUGUGUAGAGAGCUGGGCUUCGGCACCGCUAAAGAAGCUCUGACCGGAGCGCGAAUGGGCCAAGGCAUGGGUCCCAUCUACAUGAAUGAGGUUCAGUGUCGGGGUGAUGAGAAGAGCCUGUGGGACUGUCCUCAUAAGAGCAUCACUGCUGAAGACUGCAAACACAUGGAGGACGCCUCCGUCAUCUGCAACAUUCCCUACAUGGGUUUUGAGAAAUCGAUCCGCCUGACAGGGGGUCGAACACGGUUGGAGGGGAGGGUGGAGCUGCUGCUCCCUACAGGCAGUGAGAUGAGGGACUGGGGUUUGAUCUGUGGGGACGGAUGGACAUCUCGGGAGGCCAUGGUAGUGUGCAGACAGCUGGGGUUGGGACAUGCCAGCAGUGGCCUGAGAAUCCGUAUGGUGGGGGGCAGGACGGAUCAUGAGGGUCGCGUGGAGGUUCAGGUCAAGUCCAGGUGGGGAACUAUAUGCAGUGACAACUGGACCACAAGAGAAGCCAUGGUGGCGUGCAAACAGUUAGGCCUCAGAUACUGCCUGCAUGCUAUCACUGAAACGUGGUACUGGGACAGCAGUAACGUGACGGAGAUGGUUCUGAGCGGAGUGAAGUGUAAGGGAGAUGAGAUGACUCUGACCGACUGUCAGCAUCAUCCUGUCGUCAGCUGCAAAAGAGCCGGAGCGCAGUUCUCCGCUGGCGUCAUUUGCUCAGACACGGCUUCGGACCUGGUGCUGAACGCUCCGUUGGUGGAGCAGACCGUUUACAUCGAAGACCGACCCCUGCACCUGCUGUACUGCGCAGCAGAGGAGAACUGCCUCACCAAAUCAGCUGCUCAAGCCAACUGGCCGUACGGCCAACGUCGCCUGCUACGCUUCUCCUCCCAGAUACACAACAUCGGCAAGUCUGACUUCAGACCACGGCUCGGCCGCCACUCAUGGGUGUGGCAUGAAUGCCAUAGGCACUAUCAUAGUAUGGAUAUCUUCACCUAUUAUGACCUGCUGUCUCUAAAUGGAACCAAAGUGGCGGACGGACAUAAAGCGAGCUUCUGCCUGGAGGACACAGCGUGCCAUGAAGGUGUUUCAAAGCGCUACGAGUGUGCUAACUUUGGUGAGCAGGGCAUCACAGCGGGCUGCUGGGACUUGUACAGACAUGAUAUCGACUGCCAGUGGAUUGACAUCACGGAUGUUAAACCAGGAAACUACAUUCUACAGGUCAUAAUAAACCCCAACUUUGAGGUAGCUGAGAGUGACUUCACCAACAACGCUAUGCGGUGCAACUGCAAAUACGAUGGCAACCGUGUCUGGUUACAUAAAUGUCAUCUUGGUGAUUCAUUCAGUGAGGAGGCUGAGAAACAGUUUGAGCAUUAUCCUGGGCAGCUCAACAACAAGAUCUCAUAACAUUUUUGUGAACAAACCCAGGGAACUGCAAUAACCAUGUGGCUCUGGACAAAGAGAAAAUGUAAUCACUUAGGCCAAGUUUCACAGACAGGGCUUAGAUUAAGCCAGGAUUAUGCCUUAGUUCAAUUAGGACAUUUAAGUAGCUUUUAUAAACAUGCCUUAGAAAAAACAUUGACAUAUUUUAAGAUACGUCAGUGCAAGUUACAUUCAAUUAAACAGCUCAAACAUGGAUUUUAGUCUGGGACUAGGUUUACGCAUUGUCUGUGAAACCAGGGCUAAAUGUUACUUAUUCCCAUUUGAAUCCAUUGCUACUGUGGUCUAAUCACAAGUUGUCAUGCCGGUUUUAGAUUAGGUCAUCAGAAAUGAUAAUGUAGCCAAGGGCCUCAGAAACAGAACAGAGCUGUGAUUGUGGUCUGGGCCUAUACACUUCCUCUUGUAUGAAAGCUGAACACCUCAGAGCAGACGUCAGCCAUUCACGUGAAACACCGGUUUCAUUUAAUGAAUUUUUAACAUGCAUCAGGGAAUUAUAAAAGAUGCUAAAUGUUUACAGACUGUGAUGGCUGAUGGAAUGGAAGGCUUCUCAUACUUCACUGUUUGUGCAUUUAUUUUUAUAUUUGUGUCCAUUGUAUCUGUAUAUUUGUAUAUUUAUGGAAUGUCCUAUAAUCAUGUUUGUAAAAUAUAUACAAAUCUGCACUCA